AAUACCGGACCGUGCUACCUCGUCUACCCACAGGUAACUUGAGCCUGAACUCCGUCUUUCUUCAUGGCGAUCUCGCCGCACGACCCUACCGAGCCCCAGACUUCCGUGACGCCUUACGAGAUGUUGUCGACGCCCAAGAUAUCAUCGGAAUAGGCCAAUUUCAGAUGAGCCAUGUCUGGAUGGUAACGUGCGCAAACGCCUUAAGUAAAACCAAGCUUGUAAACAAAAUGGAGCUUACCGUAAAGGGACGCAGAUGCCUCAUAAUUGAUCCCGACACCAGAGAUGUGAAACUGAAACUUCUCUGGUUACCUGUACACAUGGAAAACCAGAGAAUCGAAGAGGCACUGGCGCCUUUUGGCACGGUCCGUUCCAUUGUACGAGAAAAAUGGAAGUGCUCUGGAAUGGAGCAAAUGGAAACGCUCAACAAAGAGGUGACCCUGACUCUUAGAGAAGGAAUGAAUGCAACGAAUAUUCCGCAUCAGCUCACGGUCUUCGGCUGUCGAAGCCUGGUGCUCGUCCCUGGUCGGCCACCGCUGUGUCUUCGGUGUAACAGAAUUGGUCACAUCCGUCGUGAGUGCAGAGUCCCGAGAUGCGGCGAGUGUCGACGCUACGGACACGACGCGAGUGAGUGCGUCACCACCUACGCAGACAAGCUGAGGCAGUCGAGAAGCCUAACAGACGAUGUUGUCCACGAUCAUCUUAUGGACAUCAGCGAAGUCGUUGAUGCCACCGGGGACAUCGCCUCUUCCCUUCUCAAGACACAAAGGACCGAGUCGGAAACGUCUACACAGCGACCAGAAGAACUUCGUCCUGAUUCCGAGUCUGCCAGUACCCUGCCAGGACUGUCAACACCAGCCGAGUGUGUCACGGAAACGAAGAGAGAUUGGUCGGAUAGCGAGUUUCCAUCCCUUAACGCACCACCUGAGUUACCGUUCCAGCAAGCAAUUGCCCGACGCGAACGCGCCGCGACGUCCACUGGCACAUCGGUGAAACGACCUGCUCCUACGACGACAAGUAAUGCGCAGCCCUCCGCCUCAGGUAUUAUUGCCGAGAGCAAGAACGACGAGGGAAGUGAGGUGAAACGCAAGCCAUCUGCGGUGCGAGAGUUCCUCUGCAACAAGACGUCGCAAUCGGAAGCUCUGGACGUGAGGAACGAUGACGAUGUGCUCCCACCCUAA